CGCGUCUCUCAUGUCUUCUUCAACCGUCCGUGUCACGGACACCCCUGCCAUCAAGAAUGCUCCCUUGGUAGGGCUCGCUGAGGGAAGUGGCCAUUUCAGCAACUAUCAUCUUGCUGCGCUCGUGCUCGGCGUGCCAUGGGUUGUUAAGCGUUGGCUACCCUUGGUGAACCGUGGCGGUUUCAAAACUUAUGUUUUCAUGGUUUUGUUACUGGGCCUUCCUAUCACUGUUGGUUACUGGACGUUGAUGAGCAUGUACGGAAAGCGCAAGAACGAAAAGGUCUAUCUUCCAGGCCGAAACAUCGAGGACUACAUUACCAUAAAGGACGUUGAGUUGAAGGCUCGUUACCACGGCAAGGAAAAGAUCCCCAUGCAAGUCUUCCAUGAUGCCUACUUUGAUGGCAAAAUCGAGUUUAACGGUGAUGUCCUCGACAUUUUGGAACAACGCCAUGACUGGGCCAAAAUGACAUUUACUCCGGAGCUGUUCAAAUAUGUUUUCCUCAACCUCAUCCCUGAGGUUAUCGUUCACUCUCAAAGUCAGGAUGAGGAACAAGUUCGUGACCACUAUGACCGAGGUGAUGACUUCUACCAAUGGUUCUUGGGCCCUCGCAUGAUCUACACUUCUGGUGUCGUGUUAGACCUUUCGCGUGAAGAAACACUUGAGGAGCUGCAAGACAACAAACUCAAAAUCGUUUGUGAAAAACUUAACCUGCAACCAGAAGACCGCCUGCUCGAUGUUGGAUGUGGUUGGGGAACUCUUUCAGCAUUCGCCUCGAAGAAUUAUGGUUGUGACGUUACUGGUAUCACCCUUGGCAAGAAUCAGACCAAGUUUGGCAACGACCGUAUCAAGGAUAAUGGUGUCACCCCCGACAAAGCUCGCAUUCUGUGCAUGGAUUACAGGGAAAUUCCUGGUGGGCCUGGUCACUACACCAAAAUUGUGUCUCUCGAAAUGGCUGAGCACGUCGGUAUCCGUCGCUACGGUGCAUUCAUGAGUCAAAUGUAUGACCUUCUCGACGACGACGGUAUCUUUGUUCUUCAAGUUGCUGGUAUCCGUCCUCACUGGCAAUUCGAGGACCUCAUUUGGGGCUUGUUCAUGAACAAAUACGUUUUCCCUGGUGCUGAUGCAAGUUGCUCUCUUGGAUGGGUUGUUAACCAAGUCGAGGCCGCUGGUUUCGAGGUCAAAAACAUCGAUGUCCUAGGUGUUCACUACUCUGCCACCAUAUUCAGAUGGUACAAGAACUGGCUCUCCAACAAGGACAGUGUCGUCGAAAAAUAUGGUGAACGAUGGUACCGAAUCUGGGCUUUCUUCCUUGCGUACUCCGUUAUUACCUCUCGUCAAGGAGGUGCAUCAGUAUUCCAGCUCACCCUGCACAAGAACUUGAACGCCUACCAUCGUAUCAACGGUGUUGCCAACCAUGCAUCUAUUCAUGUUACCUCCGACCGUGAACUUUCCCCUGUCGUUUAGACAAACCCUUACCCACCGGAUUCCAGAAGGCUCUUCUGGACGAAAGUAAAUAUGACGAUCUUUAAUGUUGCUUUGCUUCUUAGACUAUACCACGCUGUUCUGGAAUAAUUUCGCUAUUCAUAUUUGUCGGAUUUUGAUACGCCUGA